GCUCCCAGGCUCCCAUAGUCCUGGACGGUUGGGCUCUUGGGCUCCAUGGCUCCUGGGGUCUGUGGCUCCCAGGCUCUCUGGAUCUCAUGCUCCUGGUCUUCCUGGCUCCAUGGCUCUCUG